GAAUUCGUAGCGGUUUGGCGCGAAAGUCGGGCCGGUAAAGUAGGGAUCCGAGUCGACAACCUCAGUUGCUGUCGUUCACAUUCUCUCUUCCGGUUAAAAAUUCAAGAUGGCUCGAGGCCCUAAGAAGCAUUUGAAGCGUUUAAACGCCCCAAAAGCAUGGAUGCUUGACAAAUUGGGUGGUGUUUUUGCACCACGUCCAUCCACUGGACCACACAAACUUAGGGAAUCUCUUCCCUUGGUUAUCUUCCUACGUAACCGUUUGAAGUAUGCCUUGACCAACUCUGAAGUAACCAAAAUUGUUAUGCAAAGAUUGAUUAAAGUUGACGGAAAAGUUAGGACUGACCCCAACUACCCAGCUGGGUUUAUGGAUGUUAUCACUAUUGAGAAGACUGGAGAAUUCUUCCGUCUUAUCUAUGAUGUUAAGGGACGUUACACCAUCCAUAGAAUCACUUCUGAGGAAGCUAAGUACAAGCUCUGCAAAGUCAAGAGGGUGCAAACUGGACCCAAGGGUGUUCCAUUCUUGGUGACACACGACGGUCGUACCAUCCGUUACCCAGACCCCAACAUCAAGGUCAACGAUACCAUCCAACUGGAAAUCGCCACCUCCAAGAUCUUGGACUUCAUUAAGUUUGAUUCUGGAAAUCUCUCCAUGAUCACCGGAGGCCGCAAUUUGGGUCGCGUUGGUACCAUCGUAAACAGGGAACGUCACCCAGGAUCCUUCGACAUUGUUCACGUUAAGGAUUCUCAAGGACACACUUUUGCCACUAGGUUAAACAACGUAUUUGUCAUUGGUAAGGGAUCUAAGGCCUUCGUGUCGCUCCCACGUGGAAAGGGUGUUAAGCUCAGCAUUGCUGAAGAAAGGGACAAGCGAUUGGCCUCAAAACAUUAAGAUGUUUUAAUAAUGUACAUCAUUUACAAUAAAAAUAACAAAAUACAA